AGCAACAACAACAACAACAGCAAACAUCAGACUGUUAUCCUUCCAGUAUCCAGGAAUGGGCCACUCUCUGUUUCUCCUGUUCUUCUCAGGGCUGUCCAUCCUCCCCUCCAGCGUCCCUCAUCAGUUCCACUUUGUGAACAUCAAUAAGACCUGGACUGAAGCUCAGAGUUUCUGCAGACAGAACUACACUGACCUGGCCACCGUAGACGACAUAGCAGACAUGGAGAGGCUCAAGAAAACAGUAGUGGCUGGGUUAACUGAACCAGCCUGGAUAGGGCUGUAUAACCGCAGCUGGAGGUGGUCUCUGGGAGACACAGAGUUAGACACAGAUGGGUUUUGGGGCGAUAAACAACCAGAUAAUCAAAUGAAAAUUGAGUUCUGUGUGUGGAUGAAAAAUGGGUCAUGGAAUGACGACAACUGUGGUACAACACAUUAUUUUGUCUGCUAUGACACAAAUCACACUGAUAAGUACAUCGUCAUCACUGAAAAGAAAACUUGGAGUGAGGCUCAGAGCUACUGUCGGAAGAACCACAAAGACCUGGCCAGUGUGAAGAACCACACCAUACAGAACAUCAUAGAGAACACCAUACAGAACACCAUACAGAACACCACACAGGCAAGUUCACUCCACUUUAUUGACCUUAUUUGUCUUGCACUUUGAGCACUGUGUUAAAAAACAUAAUCAGCAUUUGCAAAACGUUUACAGAAAGCUGUGGAGUCAACUAAAGAAGUUUGGAUCGGCCUGUAUAGAGAGUGGAGGUGGUCUGACCAGAG